AGCAAAAAAAAAAAAACUUGUCUCCUUCUUCACUCCACCUUAAAAAGAAAGCCUUAUUAUGCCUUGAAGUUCGAAAACUUCCAUGGGGAUUUGUGGUUUUGUUAAGUUGUUAACGUGCAGGUUGCCCCAAAAAGCAGCAAAAUCCAUUUGAAUUGAAGAAGCUGAAGCCGGGAGGCAUUGAGAGUGGACUUUUGAUUUUUGCAGCAACAAGUUAGUGGGAAAAAGAUUCAAACGACGAGCAUUUAAAAACAUGCCUUUCUUAUGAAUUUGGGAGCAAUAUCUUCGAACAAAGACAAAUCGCCCAAAAGGAGCAAGUUUUUUGGUCUGGAUUUGAAGAAGAAGAAGAAAAGGGUCAUGGAGGAGAGAAAGUCCUCCUCUGUAUCAGAUGUUGGAGCUUGGGGUAUGAACAUAAUCAGCUCAGUGGGCAUUAUCAUGGUCAACAAGCAGCUCAUGUCCCAAACUGGCUUCGCCUUUUCCUUUGCUACAACGUUAACUGGAUUUCACUUUUCUGUGACUGCGUUGGUGGGUUGGAUUUCAAAUGCCUCUGGCUAUUCUGAAUCCAAAUCUGUUCCCUUCUGGGAGCUUCUUUGGUUCUCAAUUAUCGCCAACACGUCGAUAACAGCCAUGAACUUCAGCCUCAUGUUAAACUCUGUUGGAUUUUAUCAGAUAUCAAAGCUAAGUAUGAUACCUGUGGUGUGUGUCAUGGAGUGGAUUCUUCAUGGAAAACAAUACUCUAGGGAAGUGAAGAUGGCCGUUGUCGUGGUCGUUGUCGGUGUCGGUGUCUGUACAGUGACUGAUGUGAAAGUUAAUGCCAAAGGCUUUCUUUGUGCCUUAGUAGCAAUCUUAUGCACAUCACUGCAACAAAUUUCUAUAGGUUCAUUACAGAAGAAGUACUCAAUAGGAUCCUUUGAAUUACUAAGCAAGACAGCUCCCAUUCAAGCACUUUCCCUUCUAACAGUUGGCCCAUUCAUUGACUACUGCCUUACUAGUAAAUCUCUACUGAAAUACAACUACGCUUUUAGUGCAUUUUGCUUCAUAUUACUGUCAUGCUCCCUAGCUGUGUUCUGCAACAUCAGUCAAUAUUUGUGCAUCGGGCGCUUCUCGGCUGUAUCGUUCCAGGUUUUAGGCCAUAUGAAGACGGUAUGCGUCCUGAUGUUGGGGUGGCUGCUGUUCGAUUCAGAGAUGACAAUGAAAAACAUAUCAGGGAUGGUUCUUGCCAUUGUUGGGAUGGUGGUGUAUAGCUGGGCCGUUGAGAUUGAGAAGCAAGCCAAUGCAAUGGCCAUCCCUCAGCCAAAGAGCCAACUUUCAGAUGAGGAGUUGAUGCUGUUGAAGGAGGGGAUGGAUGACAGUAGUUUGAGAGAUGAAGAGAUUGGUCAGCUCCCAAAAUGAUAUGAAUCAGUUUCUCUUUUCUCUGUACUUUUUUUUUUUCCUUUUUGCUCUGCCAUUCGUUACCCACCAAUGUGGAUUUUAAGUCCCCUAAAUGGUUAUUCUCGAUUGUGAAAUUUGUAUUUGAAUAAAAGUAUUUGAAAUUGUUGUGCAAAUGUAA